AUGGCGGCGGCAGUUUCUGCCGUGGUCGCAUCGUCGUUUUCGGCCACUCCGACGGCUGUCCUCGGAAGCAGGAAGCAGCUUCGAACGGCGACGCAGAGCGGGAAGCCUCCGCGAAAAGUGUGGGCUGUAGGGGAUUUCAGUCACUUCGGGGAAGUGGUUUCGAAGGAUUUUGAGUUCUUAAAGAAAGGAAUCGGGAAGGGAAUUGACUGGGCGAAUGAGGUGUUUCGUAUUCCGCAAGUGACCAGGGCGGUAGAUGAUGUUGUGUGGAUGCGGAAUCUCGAGGAUCCUGCAGCCGCGAAUCUGGAGAAGCAAACUUGGCCUCAGCCUUAUUAUCCAGGACUGACUGGCGUUGACUUACUGAUGGCUGACCUCCAAGCCAUGGUAACCUAUGCCAGUUACUUCUACUUCUUGUCCAAGAUUUGGUCCAAACCACUUCCUGAAGUCUAUGACCCGGAAGCUGUUGCCGACUACUUCAAUUGCAGGCCUCAUGUGGUAGCAUUUCGGCUUCUCGAGGUCUUCUCCGCCUUUGCUUCUGCAAGUCUCCGAGUACGAGCUUCGCGGAUUAGAAAGUUUAUAGGGUCAAGUUCAGAUAGUGAUUUCGACAUGAAUGGAAACACUUCGCAGUACAAUUUUGGAUUGCUCUUGAAAGAAUCAAUGCUUAACUUGGGUCCCACUUUUAUAAAAGUUGGCCAGUCUCUUUCCACGAGGCCAGACAUAAUUGGCACCGAGAUUUCCAAGGCUCUUUCUGGGUUGCAUGAUCAAAUACCUCCCUUCCCUAGGACAAUGGCCAUGAAAAUCAUUGAACAGGAGCUAGGAGCUCCUGUUCAGUCGUCUUUUACCUACCUAUCCGAGGAACCCGUCGCUGCAGCAUCUUUUGGUCAGGUUUAUCGGGGAAAGACUAUUGAUGGUCGUGAUGUAGCUGUGAAGGUUCAACGUCCUAAUCUCCGCCAUGUGGUAGUUCGAGACAUCUACAUACUUCGGAUUGGGUUGGGACUGUUGCAAAAGAUUACGAACAGAAUAAGCCACCUUCCUCUCUAUGCUGAUGAAUUUGGAAAGGGCCUGGUUGGCGAGUUAGAUUACUCUAUUGAAGCUGAGAAUGCAUCCAAGUACCUGGAAGCUCAUUCUUCUUUCACUUUUAUCCACAUUCCGAAGGUUUACCGAGAUUUAAGCCGGAAAAGAGUUCUGACGAUGGAGUGGGUAGUCGGUGAAAGUCCAACUGAUUUACUCUCUGUAGCUACUUCCAAUGCUAUUCACGAAGUUUCAGAAACAGAGAGAAUUGAAGCAAAUAGGAAGUUACUUGAUCUGGUUAGCAAAGGCGUGGAAGCAUGUUUAGUUCAGCUCCUUGAAACAGGUUUACUGCAUGCAGACCCACAUCCAGGAAACUUGCGAUACAUUUCAUCAGGACAAAUAGGGUUUUUGGAUUUUGGUUUAAUUUGCCAAAUGGAGAAGAAGCAUCAGUAUGCCAUGCUGGCAUCAAUAGUAGACAUUGUAAAUGGGGAUUGGGGGUCCCUGGUACGUUCUCUUAUGGACAUGGAUGUUGUUAGGCCAGGAACUAAUGUCCGGCGUGUUACAAUGGAACUGGAAGGUGCUUUAGGAGAGGUGGAAUUCAGAGAUGGAAUUCCUGAUGUCAAGUUCAGUCGAGUUCUUGGCAAAAUAUGGUCUGUUGCCCUCAAGUAUAAUUUCCGGAUGCCUCCAUACUAUACCCUUGUUUUACGUUCUCUUGCAUCUCUGGAGGGUUUGGCCUUAGCUGCAGAUCCAAACUUCAAGACAUUUGAAGCUGCAUAUCCCUAUGUUGUCCGGAAACUACUAACUGAAAAUUCAGCUGACGCCAGGAGGAUUUUGCAUUCGGCGAUUUUAAACAAGAGGAAGGAGUUUCGUUGGGAGAGACUUAAUCUUUUCCUCAGAGUAGCAUCAACUAGGAAAACCUUGAACCGGAUGAUAGCAUCAAAGAGCGAAAGCUCCGUUGACUAUCUGCCGAGUAAGCCCAGUGGUGUUAUUGAAGUGGCGCAAAUGAUCUUGAAACUUUUACCUUCAAAAGAUGGCAUUGUGCUUAGGAGACUUUUAAUGACAGCAGAUGGGGCUUCGUUAAUUCGAGGAAUGGUUUCCAAAGAGGCAACGCCCUUAAGACAGCAGCUAUGCAAGGUCAUCGCUGAUGUUAUGCACCAAUGGGUUGUUCAAGCCCUUGGGCAACACAUUACUGCACUUAAAUAUGGGUCCAACAAGAAGGACCUGGUGGCUUCAACUUCCAGAUCAUCUGUUUCAGUUGAUGAAUACCAAGCGAUUCUCAGAGAUCCACGACUAAAAGUGAUCUUCCUGAGAAUAAUCAGCUCCACGAGGAAAGAUCCAGCACUGAUGCUGAAGUUCAGCUGGACCUCUUUUAUCAUGGCAGUCACGGCCUCAGCACUCGCCUUCCAUCGGGUUUUGGUCUCUUUAUCUGAAGCUUUUGUUAGCUCUCUGCCUCUUUCUCCCAAGCGGGUGGCAGUCAGUGCUUGA